AUGACAUCCACCACAUUACCACCAACCAACCCCAACACCCAAAACAAUUUUCCACUGAGAACUGGCUCCUUAAACGCUCAAACCACCGCACUACCUUUGACCCGCAAACCUACACCACUCUCGUCGCCAGCUACGCCUCGCUUCAACCAUGCUGUGUCGCCGGCAUUCAAACGGUCUGUUGAGAGGCCAGCUGCCCUCAAUGCCUUGUCCACGACGAAUGGGUCACCGCUUAACCUACGCAAUGCUUCUGUUCACACACCUCCUGACGAUGAUUCGGCCUCUUGGACUGGAGAUAGUACAGCAAGCAGUGGUGAUGACGAUUUGUCCUCACCCCCUCCUCCACCCCCUCCUCCACCACCCCCUCCACGAGCUUUAAAGCCCGAGAUUGUCCAUCCAGUUCCACCAACCAACCUGCUGCCCGUUGGCCAAAUUUGGGCAGCACAGGCUGCGCCUGCCAUAGCACCGGCUGUUCAUGCUCCAAUCCGACCACAUCCUCUUGACAUCGACGGUUCGGAGUCGGAAUUUAGCGAUUCGGACGAGGCGUCCACAAGUCGAUAUCAUGAUCGGCUGCGCCGGGAUCUGGGGGCUGCGGUCGAGGGCAAGCAACGCGACCUCCGCCAGCUAAGAUCGCAGAUGUCUACCAAGCUUGACGAAAUGCUUGACGCCAUACGCAGGUUGACGACCUUGGAAAAUGAGGCCAUGAAGCUUUUGAAGCCGGACCAAGGGGGUGUUCAAAAGUUUCGUCAACUACAAAAAACCCAGAUGGAACUCCUCUCGACAUUCAAAGCAAUGAGGAGUGAUUUCGAAGAAGAUGAGUCUCAGUUGCAGAGCUUGGAGAGUGAUCUGGUCAGGGCUGCACGACCAGCUCCAUUCUCAGCCAGGCCUAAUGCCGUAGGUCUGCCGGGGAUGGAUUCAGUCAUGCAACAGUCCAUUAUUGGAGCGAAAGAGGAGGUGCCAGAGAUCUUGUUGGGCAUUUCGGGAGAACGCUACGACGAUAUACACCCUCGGUAUCAAGAUCUUUUGGACAAAGUUGGAGAUCGCGAACUUGCCCGAGAACAUUGUGAGGAAAUCAGGUACCGCCGCGAGGAUAUCAUCUACGAACUUGAGAUCAAACUUCACCGGAAGAGGAUGCAAGAGAACCCGGGCAACUCGAUCAGCGAGGAGGAGCUAGCGGAAAUGAAGACAUCGCUCGAAAGCAUCCCAACAAAUCCUGGAGAAUUUCAGGCUCGAUUUGGACUCCCCGCUAAUGAGGAGGAUCUCAACUUUCUCGAAGACUACGACCGCCAACUGCAACGAGCGCAAAGGAGGUUUGACAGGGCAGAACAGGAAGUUCACCGGCUGCGAGAAUGGUGCAUCAACAAUAAGGCGAUGCGUCAAAAUGCCUCUUAUAACGAGUUAUUAACAAUCUACCUGGGGACCGACCAGCCACCGCUUCCCCCGGAUGACGGGAAUAUGCCCAUUGAAUUCGUCCCGCGAACCGGUCACAGCAAGCUUGCCCAUGAUCGGUUUCCUAUUCUCAUGUCGAAUCCAUCGCAUGUCCUGGACGAAUUAUCGGAACAAGCGGCUCUGAACAAGGCGAUGGCACUUCCAGCAGACUCCUCGGAGAGUGCUCAGCGGAGGGCUGAGUGCAUGAAGGAGUUAGGAAUCACCAAGCUGCUUCAGAACGCCAAGAAUACCCCUGACCUGAUCAAUCGAUGGCUACUUCACCGCCUCCGCACAUGUCCUAUGGAAAUAGAGCUCAUGCUUACUGUAUUUGAGACGAGCUGCAAGGUUGUCAACUUGCGGAGAUGGCAGGAGGAGGUGUUGUUUUACUGGCCAAGAGACGAGGCAGCCAAGAAGUCACCGCUGGAAUUUGAAGGACCUCGAACACCGGUGGAUGAGAUAUAUCUUGGAGAGCAGGACUUUUCACGAAUCAACUCUGACAUUCACAAGAGUCAGCAGGCGGACGAGGGGGGUCAACACAGCUCAAGGAGAUCGAGUGGAAGUGAGAGUGAUGGAUGA